AGAUCUUUGAUGGGCUUUCCUCAAACCUUCAGUUCACCAAUAUACUUUUUGUCUGGGUGAACCUCCCCUUCAAGAAUGCCAAAUUCGCCCAUGGAUGGAGCGAGCCGAUCGAGGUAACAAAAAGGAGAUUUCCCUGAUAAUUGACAAACAAAAAUUCUUAUGAACAAUGAAUAAGUCGUGAAAAGAGGUUGACUGAUUUUACGAUGUGUGACUCAGAAACAGCUGGGGAAACAAACAUGAUUUGACAUUGAACAUAAUUUGCAAUCACGACAUCACAUCUAUGACGUCAUCGAUGUUAUUGAAAACUGGAAAAUGGCAACGUCUGCGACAUCCCGAAGAGAUCAGGUCUUUAUUGGAGAUCUGCCAGAUGACUUUCUUCGAAUCGGAGGAGGUCCCACAGGGCAGCAACAACAGCAAAUAACAUCAGACGAGCAGACUGCGAGGGCGCUACAGUAUGGGGGACAGGCUCAGCAAGGAUAUGGCUCUUUCGUUGGUCGACUUAGUAUUACAAUUUCACAGGCAAGAUUAGCAAAGAAUUAUGGCAUGACGAGGAUGGAUCCGUACUGCAGGGUGAGGGCGGGGCAUUCGGUCUUUGAAACACCGACUGAUGUGAAUGGAUCCAAGAACCCCAGAUGGAACAAAACCAUUCAGUGCAACCUGGGCCAGGGCAUUGAUUCCGUUCACAUAGAGCUAUUUGACGAGAAAGCCUUUACCACCGAUAAUAAGAUUGCAUGGGCACUGAUCACCAUCCCACCCGCUGUGAUGAAUGGAGAAACCAAGGACGAUUGGUUUCCAUUAACAGGGAAGCAAGGAGAGGACAAAGAAGGAAUGAUCAACUUAAUAUUCUCUUAUACACAAGUGCCAGUGAUGCCGAUGAUGUACCAAGCUCCACAGCAGGUCAUUUACGGAGGUCAAGUUCCAGUCGUCAUGCCAACGACAUAUGGAUAUACACCUGUUGCUGCUCCAGUUGCCGCGUACCCUCCCCAGCAACCGCCACACGCACAGCAAGUGCCGCAGCCCUCUCAGCCUCCCCAGAUCACACAGGCCGACCUCCAGGCUCUGCAGGAGAUGUUCCCCGGGACGGACUCAGAGGUCAUACGAUCCGUGCUCGAGGCCAACGGGGGCAAUAAGGACGCAACGAUCGACUCAUUGCUGCAGAUGACAUGAGGAGAGAAAUCUUUCAUUCAUUUAUAUAUCAAAAUGAUUUCUAGAUCUGUUUUAUCGAAAAACCAGUUUAGUAAUUUAUUAAGAUUUAUACACAUCUCUUCCUUCAGAAUGUUAUGAGCUAUUGCAUUCACUUGCUUAUUACUAUUGGGCAAGAGUUUGUAUACAUUGCUUGUUCCUAUGUCAGUCAUGCCUGAGGCAAUCUUCCAGGUUUGUUAGUAUAACAUUCUGUUUAAACUGUACAUGUACAUAGAGAAUCAUUUCUUUAUUGGAAGGUAUAGUUAUAGAAUCUGAGUAUAUUACCAAAAUAGGCCCUUUGAAGAGUUACAAUCGAAUGUAAUUUACAGAAAUGAUUUACAUUACCUGGACCCCUUCUCACAAAGUGCAGAGAUACAUCCAAUCAGACUUGACUAUUGAGAGCCCGUGAAGCCAACUCCCAGUCUACAUCUUAUCUGUUUGAAGCACUCUACAGUCAGGGACGGAUCCAGGAAUUUCCAGAAGGGGGGGGGGGCACAUUUUUACAAGGAGAAAUUUGACAAGCAAAAAAAAAUUAAGGAUAUUUUGUCCCGGAAAAAAUUUGACAAGGAAAACAAAAAGGGGUUUUUAACCUAAAAUUAAGGAUAUUUCGUGCCCGAAAAAAUUUGCCAAGCAAAAAAAAAGGAAAAAAAAGGUCUUCAAUUUAAAAAGGGGGGGAGGGGGCACACUUCUGUUUUAACAACAUUUUUACAUUACAAAUUUUUAUUUUGCUUCUCAAAACGGGUGGGGGGGGCACGGCCGGCUUUGCCCCCCCCCCCCCCUUGAUCCGCCAGUGUCUACAGUAUUAAUGAAUCUAAGUUGUCUUUAUUGAGCAGUCUGUGUUCAUACAUUGUGUACAUUUCAUGGAUGAAGAAAUCAAGGGAUUUUUACAGUUAAGAUUGAUUGGAACAAUUGUAACUGUGCCCUGAUGAACUCUGCACAAGUUUUUUCAUAUAUUUUUCAUAUCUUCACCAUAUCACUCUUAUGAAAAUUUUGCGGUAAUGAAAAUGUGUUUUUAGCCCCGUGCAUGUAUAUUCACUGUGAAAAAGUUGGUUGAUAAUGAUAUGAACCAAUUUACCUUAAGUGAACCAGCAAAAUCAUUAAACUGUAUAAAGUACAAGAUAUCCAUUCCAGAUUUUAAAGGAGAAUGAAACUCUUGGAGCAAGUUAGCUUUUGUGAAAGC